CUUAGGUACUAGUUCUUUAGUUUUAACUAUAAUACGGAGCGAACACAUGACAAAAUUCCUUGUGCUUCUGAGUGAGAGCGACCACCACAUUACAUAGAAACGAUAGAAAAAAUGAUGUCGGCUGCACUGCUUUUUGCUUGCUUCGGUUGCACUUGCUAGCUUGGCCAGUGGCGAGAAUCUUCUAUUGUCUGUCGCAAGUUCCAGAUUUUACCGUCAAGAUGCCUGGUUUUACAGCGCAUCCAAAUGUGAAUCCCGCUGUGGAUCGUCCUCCCGAUUCAGCGGCUACUUGCGACUACUUACCUACUUAUGUGUAGCGAUACAGAGAUGUAAGCUAUCAACAGCCGCAUAUGCACAAAACGACGUUGGUUUAUAGUUUUUUUCCUCCAAUUUGGCCACCCUGUUCUACUUUCGGUGUGGAAGCACAGGUGGAUGAAUUUUGCCGCACACACAAGGGGGCUUGCAAUGACGAGGGUGCCAGUUUUCAGAUCCUCUUGCGUGCAAGUAAGAAGGAGGUGAUGGCGUGCUAUGAUCUAGGACAGAUCUAUGUGAUUGGUGAUGGAGAUUUAGCCAGCUUGGAAGAUGGGCAGGAACCAAAACUAGUCGCUUGCAGAGACUUCGUCAACACGACCUUGCAGAAGAUCAUGGAACUCUCUUUGCGUUUGAGGUGAUAUAUUCCGAGGCCUUCGAAAAGGAUGAACGUACAGCGAAGCGAAAACGUCACUUUGAUGGAAGGAGCCGUUGCUGGAAUCUUCAUUGGGACGCUUCGGGUAAUCAUUGCUGUUCAUCAAAAAAAAUAUCUGAAUCCUAGGUAUCUGCCACAAUAUUUUAUCUAGUACAACUUCAGAACCAUCGUACUUUCUCUAGGUUCUCCUGCAGUACAUGUCUGGACCCUCUUGGGCAGGAGAAAUCGAUGAGACGACUGCCGAUGUGGAUCGCUUGGAGGCCACCGUGUGUGUCCUGUUUGGAAGGAGGAUGUCUAGGAUACCUAAUUCCAGUCGAGAAGUGAGCCACUCAAUCGAUACGAGAAGACUCGCAUCACAACAUUUUUAUGCGAUCUGCUACAGAAGAUAAGGGCGUUCUAGUCUUGCAACUCCGUCACGCUAUGAUGCGUCAGCCGACAUACCAGAAUUGCAUAUAUGCUACUAUUAUGGCGAUUCUGGUGGUAUAGGUAUCUAUACGCUUCAUGGUGAAAAAGGUGUAGUGAGUGACAGAACCUGAAGUUGUGAACCUGUACGUACAACUUUGUCAACAUUUUUAUGUAUCUUCUGUCUAAUUUGGUGUUGUAGAAGAAGAAGUGGAUAUUCGACAGCAGGUUUUCCAGUAUCUUGAUCAUGAACUGGAGUCGAUUUCGCGUGGUAGCAGGACGACUAGCGACACCACGGCUUUAGCAAACAACUCGAAGUCUCUUGCCGACGCUCCUGUGGACAAUGCGCUAGUGAACCACUGUUUGCGCGCGAUCGUCUGCUACGAUUCGGAUAGCAUUUAUUAG